UAUCGAAACGGCGAAAGUUUUCUAUGACGAUGAGAAGUCGAAUUUUUGGAUUUUUCGCGUGACAAGUUGGUGGUGAAAAAAACCAGGCAGAACCUUAACAAUUCAUUUAGCAACUUGGCAAGCGAUUGGCAACUGAAAAGCGCAACGCUGGCGGGUGCGGGCGGUGCAAGUAGGGUGUGAAAAGUCGACAAAAAAAAUCAAUUGCCUCUCGGUCGUUUUCAAUUUUCAAUUCACAUUCUCUGCGUGUGCAAAAAAGCAAAGGAAAAGCGAGAAAAAAAAAAUAUAGACUGCAAACGACAAAAAACGAAAAAAAGAAAAGAAACGGCGAGCAUAAGAAGAAGAGCACAGAAGAAGACGAAGAAGACCGAGGAAAAGGCAACGUAGAAGUUGAAGAAAAUGUGCAGGAAAAGGGGCGGAGGAGCAGGAGCCGUGUUUUCGAGUCGCAAGCAGCAGCAGCAGCAGUCCAAAUAAAUAACCAUCAUCCAUCGAUACAAGUAAAAGAGGCCCGGCCUGAUUUUCAGCGCUAUUCGAAUCGCUGAAGUUGGGAAAAUACAAGAAAUACAAAAUAUCGCAGUGAAAAUCAAAUUUUCCAAAUAGAAAGAAGAGCUCCUCCUCGUUCUCUCUCGCUCACUCUCUCUCGGCCUCUCCUUCGCUCUCUCUCUCUCUCUCUCCCACUCUCGCGACUGGGUGGCAACGCGUGUGUGUGUGUGUCUGUGUGUGCCUGCUGUGUGUGUGAGUGUGCCGCGUGCGUGAGUGUGUGUGUAGCUCGAAAGAGCAAAAAAAAAUAGAUUUAAAAAAAUAAGAGAAAAAGCAAAGAAGGAGAAGCGAAAUAACCGACUGUGUCUUUGUGUGGAAUUUCUUGAUAAUUGCAACAUACGUUACCAUGGAAUACUACCUAGGAGGAUAUGUGUACAUGAACGGAGAUGCAGUCAAGAUCCAGCCGCCCGUCUACACCAACGUUCCUGUCGAGACGGCGAUGCUAGCCACCAAUCUGUUUGGCGCCACCACCCAAAUUGCAGCCUCCCCCGCAGCAGCCGCAGCUGCCCACAUACCGUUGAUCACAGCAGCCGCUGCAGCCGCAGCCGCCGCAGGAGGCGCUCCUCCAGUAGCUCCUCCAGUUGCCGUUGCUCCAGUGGCCACCGCAUCAGCAGCAGCCGCAGCCAUUGUGCCCGCCCAGCAGCAGCAGGCGCAUCCACACCAGGCCCAGAUCUUGGCCCAUACGCACGUAGCCCACCAACAACAACAACAACAGCAGCAGCAGCAGCAACAACAGCAGACGCUCCAGCAGCAUAUCCACCACCAGCAGCAGCAGCAGCAACAGCAGUCGCCGCAUCCCGCCCAGCAUCUGACCUACGGCCAUCAGCCGGCGCCUCCACAGGCCACGGCUGGAGGAUCAGGAACAGCAGCAGGAGGAGUACCAGGAACCGUUGCAGUAGGUGGCGAGGCCCAGGACACCAACGAAUACGCCAUCAUGAAUGGCACACUCGCCCAGACCCAGGACGGCACUGUGCUCUGCUACACCACAGAUGCCCUCAACAACACGAAUUUAGUUGCCCUCGAUCCGCAGCCCCAUCAGAUUGUAGUGCCGGUCCAGGUUCCUGUCCAAGUCCCAGUGCCCGUUCAGCUGCCAGCGAAUGGUUCCGCCGACCAGCAGCAGGGCAGCCACAAUGCAGCAGGCGGGGAGGAUCCCAAUAUACCGCUGGACAAGCUCAAGCAAAUGCUGGCCACCCAGCUUGAGUACUACUUCUCCAGAGAGAACCUGGCCAACGAUACUUACCUGCUCUCCCAGAUGGACAGCGACCAGUAUGUGCCCAUUUAUACCGUGGCCAGAUUCAACUUGGUACGGAAACUAACCAAUGACAUGAAUCUCAUCACUGAGGUGCUGCGUGAAUCGCCCAAUGUCCAGGUGGACGAAGAAGGCCUGCGCGUGCGUCCCAAUCGCAAGCGUUGCAUCAUCAUUCUGCGCGAGAUAUCGAACAACACGCCCCUCGAUGAUGUCAAGGCACUGUUCAGCAAUGAGAGCUGUCCCCGCCCGAUCUCCUGCGAAUUCGUCGCCAACAACUCGUGGUACAUUACCUUCGAGUCGGAUGAUGAUGCGCAGAAGGCAUUCAAGUACCUGCGCGAGGAGGUCAAGGAGUUCCAAGGCAAGCCGAUCAUGGCCCGCAUCAAGCCCAAGUCGUUCAUCAAUCGGAUACAAGCUGUACCAAAUAAGAUGAACGGCUUUCGUCUUACUUCGCCUCCGACUGCCAACGUCUUUGAUCCAUCCGGUGCAGGUGCUCCAACAGUAGGCUAUGCGGCUGCCCAGCAGCCACGCUAUCUGUACACCAAUGGAGCGGCCCUCGCGGCUCCCGCCUCAGUUCCGUACAGCAAUCCUGUACUGAUUCCGAUUCCUCAGAAUCAAUUCUACCCCGGCUUGGUGGCUGGACCCUGGCCGCCUGGCACUGUGGCAGCCACUACCGCCCAAUGCCAAAACUUCUACGAGAUCGGAGGUAACAUAUUUACCACUAAUCCCCUGGCUCCGCAGGCUGUGGCAGCCGGUUUCGCUCAAGCUCCGCCACCCACUGCACAAACGAUGGUCACGUCCAAGCCGCAGGGCGGUGGGCGCUACAAUAACAAUCACCGCGGCAAUCCCAACAGCGUGGGCGGUGCCAAUUCGGGACCACGCGGCGAGUCGAGGGGCAAACCACCGCGGAACACACAAACUGCCUCGCACAUCCAGGGAGGUAGCAUUGUGCCCAUCCAGAUAACUGGCGCCAUUCCAGGCGGAAUGGUCAGCGUGGUGCCGGCCAACAUUGUGCAGGAUCCACUGCAGCAGGCCCCCUUGCAGCAGCAGCAGCCGCAGCAAGUGCUCCAGCAGAUUCAGCAGCAGCCAACGAGCUCAGCUCAGCAGCAACAGGCCGCGGUGCAGGUGAACAGCUCCACUCGUCACUAUCCCAUCAAGAGCAACUGGAAGGGUGGCAUGCAGAAGAGCCUUGACAAGAGCUAUGGCGGUGGUGUGACCACCCAUCAUCACUAUACCACCCAGGUGCAGGCACUGCCCGCCCACAGCCACCAUCUUCAGGCUCAGCAGCAGCAACAGCAGCAACAGGGACAAUCCCAACAGCAGCACUAUCAAUUGGCUUCCUCCAGCGCUGCCAGCGCUCCGCAAGUUACCUAUGUCUCCACUGCUCCGGCUCAACCGCAGCCCGGCCAGCAUCAGCACCACCUUGUGGUUCAACAGACGCAGCCACAGCAGCAGCAGCAGCAGCCUCAGCAGCCGCAACAGGUAGCACUUCAGCAAGUGCAGGUGCAGGAGCUGCAGGAAGCGGGGGACGGCGUUGAGCAUGGCUCUCACGCCAUGCAGCAGGUGAAUCGCAGCAGCAACAUGUCUGCCAGCUCCUCCUCAUCGCUGGCCACUUCGAUUAGUAAGGAGCCACUGCAAUGGCAGAAUCGCCCGCGUCGUCGUCGGCGUGAUGAGGAGGGCGGACUCAACUAUUCCCCAGGCGGGCGAGUUGGGCUCUACGGCAGCUCACCCUCAAACCCACAUCAGCAACAGCACCUGAUGACAACUUCCUCUGGCAGCAAUGUACAGUCAGGUGGCGGAACCGAUGGCGGCGGAGCCUCCCAUCGCGGCGGAGAGCGCCAGAGCCACUACAAUACCAUCCACGACGUCCCACCGCCCCAGCACCGUGGCAACUACAAGGGCAAUAACUACAACCCGCACUACCACGCCCAGCAUUCGUCGAUGGCCAGUGGCGCGCACCACCACCAUCACCACAACGCGCUGUCCUCGCAGCAGCAGCAGCACCACAUGACCUCCGGCACUGGACAGCAGGGCUCGGGCCAUCACUAUCACCACCAUCACCACCACAAUUCGAUUGGCAGCAAUGUUGGCAACAGCGGCGGCUUGGGCGUCAGCAGUGGCGGUUCGGGUGGUGGCGGAUCCGGCGGCGGAUCGGGCAGCAACAGUCUGUCCGGCGGAAGCAACGAGCGCGGUAUUCACCACAGCUCCUUGGGCUAUCAGGGCCACCAGCAUCAGCAUCAACAGCAGCAGCAGCAACAACAGCAGCAGCAGCAACAACAGCAGCCGCCGGCCCCAGUGCAGCCGCCGCAAUUUGAUUUGGAGGAUGCCGCCUUUCCACCACUGCCAGCCACGUCAGCCACCGCACCACAUACACCUCAGGCUACUGGUGGCGCCUCCCUGCAUAACACUACCACCUUGUCCGCAUCGUCGUCGGGUCUCGGCCAGAAGCAGGCUCUGCACCAGCAGCAACAACAGCUGCAUCAGCACCAGGUGCUGAACAGCAGCGUGGAAAGCGCCGGAGGCGAGGAGCAGCGCUCAAGCAAUCAACAGGGAAUAGAGAGCAGUAAUAUCCACAUAGCCAACAGUUCCUCCGCCAACAACUGGGCGGAGAACCGCUUGUCUGAUGUGGUGCGCACUGGUGGUGGCGCUGGAGGAAAGGGCAAGGCCCGUAAAGACAACCGGCACCAACAGGGCCAGAACCAGCCGCAUUUGGCCCACAACUAUCAGCAGCAGCAACAGCAGCGUAAUCCACCUGUUAGCCCCACGCCUGCCUUGGGUGCUGAGUACGGGCUCCAGCUUCAGGAGAGCAACAAUACUAAGAACGUUACUAAGCAGAGCUCCAGUAACAACAAUUCGAUCCAUGUGAUAAAGUGUCAAACACCAAAUAUCAAUGCCAGCAGCAAGGAGGAGGCAGCCGGAGCCCAGCAGCACCAGCAGCAGCUGGACAAAUUAAACAAGACUGAGGAUGAACUGCAUCCAAAGCAGCCGUCGCAGCAGCGACUGGUCGAAGGCUAUGUCCAGCAGCAGCAACAAUUGCCGCCGCUGGCUGGCCACACCGAGUAUUCCGCUGCCCUGGCCGCGGGCGCUGGCGCCUGUAGCGUGAUGGAGGGUGGUCUGACUACCAGUCUGGCCGAGUGCAGCCUCGGCCAGCACAAGAAGCCGCCCUCGGUGGCCGCCCUGCAUGCCAAGAAAGAGGCCAAUCUGCUGGAAAAAGGUGCCAGCAAGCACAAGAGCGUGGCCACGUCCACGUCGACAGAGAACCUCUCGGCUGCCGCCACUGCCAGCAAACUGAGCUAUGCCCAGGUGGCCCAGCACCACAAGGCUGCGGCCGCCUCUGACAGCAAGGAAACUGGCUCCGGGGGUUCCACCGGCACCCUGUCGCCCACCGGCAGCCAUAAGAUGGACCUAGUCUUUGGUGAUCCCGCCGCCGUGGUGGCAGCCGUUGAGAAGAGUGGCCUGGCCACAGUUUCGACCGAGAAGCGUGCCGUAGGUGGCGCAUCCCCAGCUGUGCUGUCCGGCAAAGCGAGCGGUGGUAUUCCGGCCACCAACACCACCCAAGGCAGCAUUACUGUCGUGGUCUCGGCCAAAGAGAAAGAUAAUCGUCCCAAUGCCUCCGUUCGCCAACUGAGCAAGGAGAAACAGCAACACCAGCAGCAACAUUAUGGCUCUGCAACAGAGCACAAUACUAAUGCCAAUGUCGGCUCAGGGACUGGCGGCAACCGCAAGUCCAGGGCCAACAACUCUUAAGGGAAGGGAAGGGGAGAGGAAAGGAGAGGAGAACCGCGUUGCCAAAGCGAGGCAACUGUGAGAUACCUUUGCAGGAUGCCUCCGAGGAUGCAUCCGACUGUAUAUAUAUGAAAUUCCAUGUGUAAAUAUGAGCAAACCUUUUUGUUAUACCUAUAAGUGCUAUAGAUAUUUACAAGCUAACUAAGGAGGCAUACGAAAGUAGUUGCCGCUGCUCGAGGGACGCGGAAACGAGAGCAGAGUAAGGACAGAAGGAGCAGCCGGCGACGCUUGGACCAGUUAUCAUAUUAGUAGGCAAAGACGAAGAAUGAAUGGUGCAUACCUUUUCUCCAGCUAUAUUUAAUCAGUUAUCAGUUAAUGUUAAUCUACCUAAGCUAAUGUUACCUACACUCGAUGGGUAAACACUUAGUUUAGAGCCGCACGAAGGAGCAGACAGAGGAGAAGAGACAAGAGAUGAAUAUGCCUAAGCUAUCAUUACGAUUAUCAAUAACGAUGCCGAGUGAAUAAGUCUAAGAGGUUUGAGCCUAGUUAGCCAACUAGCAUCGAACGACAAAACAAAACUAAAGCAAGCUAAGCCAAGCAGAGGAAGGGAGAAGGAAAUAUUAGGUUUUAUUGAUAAAUAACUGAUGAACUCAUGAAUCACACGUUGAUUUUACGUUACCAUUAUCUACGUUUAAUAUUUCAUCAUUUUCAUUUUUGCUUACACAUCAAAACAUAAUGUUUAUAGCCAAAACAGAAGUACACAGAUACGAGUACGUAGCGUACAUAGCUAUGUCUCCGCUAGUCCCACAGGUUAGGGUUACUUCUAUUAUUUAGAUAUAUAUUAUAUAUAAUAUAUACGAUUGUUUUGAAUCAUUGUAACAUUUUAACGGAUGAUCUUGUUUGAGCAAGUCGUUAUUUUUUAUACAACUUGAUUAUGGGAUUCUCGUACUUAGUUCACGACGACUUAAGGGAUCCUUUACACAGACACACCUGAAUACGCCUAGACAAACUUAACUUCCUCCCCCCAGACACCGACUCGUGUAUACCCCUCAUUUUUAUACUUAUAUCGUAUAUCGUGGGAAGGACUUACAUUUUAAAAUUGCAUUUGUUUCCACAUGAAAGCAAUUUUCUCAGUUUGAUGGUUUCACACGUCUAUUUCAACAAACAAAGAACGAAAAUGAAAUGAAUUAAGAAGUUAGUGCAUUGCUAAAUACUAAACUUUAUCCUUACAAAGCGUAGGUGGACACAGCUCAGAUCAGCUCAUAAGACAAACACUAUCUAAUGUUAUAUUUACGACUUAGGACUCUAUACAAAAGGUGCCAUAAACUAAAACACACACAUGAAAUUCAAUGAGGUUUAGGACAACACAAAAUAGGCAUUUAAAACGAAUUCUUUACCUAUGUUUUACUGUCUCUCAAUUUGAAAAGAUGCUGCUUCAUCCUCGCCUCCCCCCAAAUUAUUGAUGCUCAUCCUAGAUGUACCUUUGCGUAGGAUUGCGAAUACAUUUUAAAUAUGAUUUUCCCUUUUAAUUGUUCACACUUUACGCACAAAUUGAUUUAUGGAGUCUUAAUUUAUUCAAAUUUAAGAAGCAUGUAAAUUGAUCCUGAAGCAUAAAAACAAUUGGCAAGGGAGAAAAGAAAAAUAAUCAGUAGUCUUAAGAGCGUACACACGAUAUCUACAAACUAUUCUAGGCAUAAGAACUAAGUUUAGGUAUGCAUAUAUGGAUAUUCACUCGUAACUUAACAACAUUAUUUCUUCUGUUAGGUUUUCCUUUAUUUGAGAACAAAACGGCUCCGCCCUUUCACUUCCAAAAAAACCAAAACGUAACCAAUCAUUUUCAUUUUUCCAUUCAUAACUUAACCACAACUCAAACGAAGGAAACCCGCUUAUUAUUUUUCUUCUCUUUAAUUACAUGCUUAUGAACCCACUGUGAACAAACCGAACAAUGUUUUUCCAAAAGAAAAAGUACUAAUACUUUCAUCCAAAAUCAAAACAAAACGAAGGAGAAAAAUGAAAAUGAACUCUAAACGCAAGACUUCCAACCAAAAUGAAAUUGAAAAUAUAAGGAAAAAAAAGAAAACUAAACUGAAAAACCAAUAUAUACACAUAUAUUUUGUUUCUAUGAAAACAAUCGAAUAUGCUAAGUGCCUAUACUAACUAAUAUGUAACAUACGAGCUGGGUACAGACCGACCACUGAGCCAAGAACCAAAGUGACCCCCAUCCGCCCAUCGAAACGCAUCGCAUCCAAGCACACUCAACACAACACGACACAACAUACAACUGCCUCUAGGACAUAAACAGCAAUCAAUCAUUAUUUCAAGCCAUUCAAUCGCUCAUCCAGGAUACGGAUAGCUGGUUCGAUGGAGAUGGUGGUCACCACACAGAUAGUAUACCUUGCUCAGUGUUUCGUCGUGUAACCGCCACACAAAAUGUAUCUUUAAAUAAUUCAUAGUUUAUAGUUUGUAUCUUCCCCCUCCAAAUUGAAGAAAGACCCAAACUAUAAUCCGACUAACCCCAACACUCACACACAUUUCUUUGGAAAGUUCUCAAAUGAUUUUGUUGUGCUCAUCACUCACUGUCGGCUGCCAACACAAGCGAAAUACAAAAUCACACACUACACACUAAACAACACACAACACACAACACACACUGUACAGUUGAACCUCAAUAGGGCGGACUGCGACUGGGACUGCGGACUGUGCUUUAGGUGAAUCAAUGGAUGAGAUGAGGGACAGGAGACCAGGAGGUGGCCAGAGUGGAGCUAACGGAUCGAUCGAUCGAUGGGCGGCGGCUCCAAAAUUCCGUACAAUGAGAUGUGAUAUUAUGCAAUUGACAAAUCAUCAAUUGUGUGCGACAAAAAAAACAAAAACAAAUAAACGGAACGGGGGUUGGCCGCCAAUGCCAAUCGAGAUUGCAACGCCCACUCGACCAUGAGACAGUCGACACUUGGACACUUGACCACGCUGUCCAUCCAGACGCUGAGAUCGAGAGACGAGAACCGUGGCGAGAGAUAGAGAAGAGAGUAUAGGGUAUAGGGAAAGUAAAGGAACAUUGUUGAUGUUGAAUAAUUUUAAGGAAUACAAUAAAUUAAAUUAAAUUGUUACAUUGUAAA